AAGCGCACCUAUUUUUAAAUUGCAGACUUUAUUACCUUUUUUUCUUUUUCCCUGUUCUGUUUGUGACAAGAAUGAGUAAGCUUACCUUUUUGCUUGUAUAUCUUUUUUCUUUUCCCUUAUAUCUUCAUGUUAGCGACCUUUUCUUCGAGGACAAGAGCUGCAAGUAACAGUACAAGAAGAAAGCAACAACAACAAAAGGCACCGGAACCUGUCAUUGUCUCGGAAGAAGAGGAAGAAGAGGAAGAGGAAGAAAGUGCUGAAGAUGAGUCUGUCACUCGUUGUGUCUGUGGCAAACAGCAUAGCAUCGGUCUAAUGGUGUGCUGUGAUGAUUGUGAAGUCUGGCAGCAUUGUGAAUGUAUGGGAUUAGAAGAAGAAGACAUCCCUGACCAGUACUUUUGUGAACAGUGUCGGCCUGAGGAUCAUAUUCAGAUAAAAGGUUAUGACAAUAAAACACGUAGAUAUUAUAAGCCUUCAAAGACGGUUAAAAAAAGAAAUACAAAUAGUAGGGAUAACAAUAAUAAUACCUCGACUUCAAUGGAUGAUGGUAGGACGAAUGGUAGUGGUAGUAUCAGCAGCAGCAGCAGCAGCAGCAGUAGUAGUAGUAGUAGUAGUAGUAGUAGCUGUAGCAAUAAUAAAGGUGCUAUGGAGUCAAGUAACACAGAGAUAACCAUCUCGGAUUCACCUACAGACGAAACAAUUGAAGGUAAAUCCAAUCGACCUAAAAGAAAAAGCACAAAGAGUGAAAAAAAAUCUCGUCCGUCCGGAAGUACAAAUGGCCGAAAGUGGAACAGCCAUUCCUUUCGUCGAUCCAACAAGGCACCAAGGUCACGAACAUCAACCCCACAACCAGAAGCACAGACAACACCGACAAGUACGAGCAGCAUCCUGUUUGAACAUUUAUCACCCUCUGCUCGAGAAACGUCGCCUCCAGCCAAGGUCCGCAUACCUUCAGCUCGUAUGACCAUCUCGGAAAUGAAUAAAAGGGCGAAUCAGAUACUGGAAUAUAUCUGUUCACUACAAGUAGAAAUGGCAACAAGUAAAAAAAGAAAAGAAAAGAAGCUGCUGCAAGAAGAACAUGAAGAAGAAGAGGACGAAGAAGACGAGAUAUGCAAAAGACGGAAAUUAAUUGAUGCUCAAAUAAGUGAAACAAUGACAAAAGCAAUGGUUCAGCUGGAACAAGAAGAGAAAUUUAAUGCAGUCGCAGUAACAAGCAUACGAGAGAAUAACAGAAAACCAACGCCUAUUCUUAUACCUCCCAAAGCAGAUCAUACAUCGUCACCUUCUUCUUCUCUAAGUAGUGCAAGUACGAUACCUUUAGAAGAAGAAGAAGAGGAUCGAUUUAUAGACACAGAAAAAUCUGUGGCUGAAGAAGCUUUAGAAAAGAUAAACAAACCCAAGGAACAGACAUCGACAGAGAUCAUGGAUACCUUAACAAGGCAGGUCAUCAUCUUUCAAAGGCGUUUUGGUCAAUUUUCCUUUGGGAAUGCAAUGACGGAUGAUCCUGAAAGUAUUGAAUAUGAAGGACCACCUAUCACGAGAAGCAGGGAAUUCUACCAAGGCCGAAGUACUUGGUAAUAGCAUUGUCCUUUUUUUUUCUUUCUUUCUGUAAAUAAAGUUACCCCCUUCCCUAUCUCUUUCUUUUGUUUCUUUCUUUAAAUAUGCAAAACAAUAACAAUAAAGAGUUGUACUUUUCAACAAAGCAAGAUUGUCAUUUUAAAACUGCAAAGGCAUUUGAGGAAUGGAGUCAUGUUUUACGACAAACCAUUCGAAUGUCAACUUGCUAUGAUGAAUUAGAGACAACAACAAAAUCAUUUACAUCUGUUGAUAUACUAGCAAAGACUACAAGAAAUCAUUUAGAAAGAACAGAAAAGGCAUUAAAGCUACUAUCAGACAAACAGCCUGAUCUUUUAUUCAUUAGUCAAGAACUUGAUGACAUUGAUAAUCUUUUAAAUGUAGAACAAAUUAUCAAAGGACAAACAACAAUAUAAGUUUAUUGUUAUUACCAU